AUGAGCGGCCGCACGGCCGAGCAAGAGCUUGGCGAAAGGAUUCAUAUGGCGAACCUGCGGCUGGUCGCGCCGUUCCUCAGCCGGCCAGGGUUGUGGCGUCUCGAGCUGAGCGACGUCGGAGAGAUUGUGAGCAUCAGGAAGGCGCGCGGCCCGCUGCCGCGUUUCUGCUUCUCGAUGCGCACAACGGCGGACGGCUGCGAGCCCACCUUUGGCUCGCUCGAGCGUAUCGGCGGCCCUGUGCAGCCGACUUACGUGCCAAAGCUGAUGGAGGAGAUACGGCGGAUCACGCGCGCGACCGAGCUCGCCGACCGGCAUGUGGCUGCGGGCGCCGCAAUCGGCGGCGAGCGCGCCGACCGGAUGCGCGAGGAGGCGCAGCAACACAUCAGGGACAUGACGGAGAAGCUGGGCGGCGUCGGAGGGAUCGUGCCGACGGGGAAGACGCGGCUGCAGGCAGAGGCGGAGAGGACGGCGGAGGCCGAGGCCGAGGCACGGGCGGCGUACCUCGAGUCGGAGCGGCGAGCGGCGCUCGAGGAGAUGGGUGCCGGCGGCAGCGGUGAGCUGCAGGCGACGGACCAGCAGGCGGCCUCGAAUCUCGACCUCGAAUCUCCUCGAGCGGCCCAGCGUGACUCGCAUUCUGGAAGCAUGGACCACAGCGCACUGCUGCAGCAGGCCUGCUGGUCGUCAUCGGCGCUCACUACUUCGCCGCAGACGGCAUGA